AUGGCAAAGAAGGGCCCCACCCAGCGCUCGCGAGCACCGCUGCAGGACUUUCAGGGGAGGGGCACCUAUGGAGCGUAUGGGCGUGGACACACGCCGGCGAAACGUCGGCCGGACUGCCUCAGGACAAGGUUUGCGCUCCUCCCUCCUCCACAAAAGGACCCCGGCGCUCACAGCGCCAGCGCCGACCGCCUUCAUGCCUCCAAGACUGAGAGUCUCAGGAUGACCAGGGAUGGUCACAGCUUAGAGGUGACCACUACCAGUGAGUCCACAACACAGGCUACAACAACCACAGAAGCAUCAACAUCAGCUCAAUCAACUGGAGUAACAACUACCUUAUCUCCAAGCACAACAACUGAAUCAUCCACAACUAUACAGGCUACCACAACCACAGAACCAUCAACAUCAGCUCAAUCAACUGGAGUAACAACUACCUUCGCUCCAAGCACGACAAUCGAAUCAUCCACAACUAUACAAACAACUUCAAUAACUACACCAACAACAUUUUCACCAACCACAUUUCUGACAGAGGUGACCACUACCAGUGAGUCCACAACACAGGCUACAACAACCACAGAAGCAUCAACAUCAGCUCAAUCAACUGGAGUAACAACUACCUUCACCCCAAGCACAACAACUGAAUCAUUCACAACUACACAGGUAACUACACCUACAACAUUUUCACCAACUACAAUACUAACAGAGGUGACCACUACCACUGAAUCAACAACACAGGCUACAGCAACCACAGAAAUAUCAAGAUCAGCUCAAUCAACUGAAGUUACAACUACCUUCACUCCAAGCACUACAACUGAACUAUCCACAACCAUGCAAAAAACUUCCAUAACUACACCAACAUUUUCACCAAGCACAAUACUCACAAAUGUGACAACUACCACUGAAUCAACAACACAGGCUACAACAACCACAGAACCAUCAACAUCAGCUCAAUCAACUGGAGUAACAACUACCUUAUCUCCAAGCACAACAACUGAAUCAUCCACAACUAUACAGGUAACUACACCUACAACAUUUUCACAAACCACAAUACUAACAGAGGUGACCACUACCACUGAAUCAACAACACAGGCUACCACAACCACAGAACCAUCAACAUCAGCUCAAUCAACUGGAGUAACAACUACCAUCGCUCCAAGCACGACAAUUGAAUCAUCCACAACUAUACAAACAACUUCAAUAACUACACCAACAACAUUUUCACCAACCACAUUUCUGACAGAGGUGACCACUACCAGUGAGUCCACAACACAGGCUACAACAACCACAGAAACAUCAACAUCAGCUCAAUCAACUGGAGUAACAACUACCUUCACCCCAAGCACAACAACUGAAUCAUCCACAACUUUACAGGUAACUACACCUACAACAUUUUCACCAACCACAAUACUAACAGAGGUGACCACUACCACUGAAUCAACAACACAGGCUACAGCAACCACAGAAACAUCAAGAUCAGCUCAAUCAACUGAAGUAACAACUACCUUCACUCCAAGCACUACAACUGAAUUAUCCACAACCAUGCCAAAAACUUUAAUAACUACACCAACAUUUUCACCAAGCACAAUACUCACAGAUGUGACAACUACCACUGAAUCAACAACACAGGCUACAACAACCACAGAACCAUCAACAUCAGCUCAAUCAACUGGAGUAACAACUACCUUAUCUCCAAGCACAACAACUGAAUCAUCCACAACUAUACAGGUAACUACACCUACAACAUUUUCACCAACCACAAUACUAACAGAGGUGACCACUACCACUGAAUCAACAACACAGGCUACCACAACCACAGAACCAUCAACAUCAGCUCAAUCAACUGGAGUAACAACUACCAUCGCUCCAAGCACGACAAUUGAAUCAUCCACAACUAUACAAACAACUUCAAUAACUACACCAACAACAUUUUCACCAACCACAUUUCUGACAGAGGUGACCACUACCAGUGAGUCCACAACACAGGCUACAACAACCACAGAAACAUCAACAUCAGCUCAAUCAACUGGAGUAACAACUACCUUCACCCCAAACACAACAACUGAAUCAUCCACAACUAUACAGGUAACUACACCUACAACAUUUUCACCAACCACAAUACUAACAGAGGUGACCACUACCACUGAAUCAACAACACAGGCUACAGCAACCACAGAAACAUCAAGAUCAGCUCAAUCAACUGAAGUAACAACUACCUUCACUCCAAGCACUACAACUGAAUUAUCCACAACCAUGCCAAAAACUUCAAUAACUACACCAACAUUUUCACCAAGCACAAUACUCACAGAUGUGACAACUACCACUGAAUCAACAACACAGGCUACAACAACCACAGAACCAUCAACAUCAGCUCAAUCAACUAGAGUAACAACUACCUUAUCUCCAAGCACAACAACUGAAUUAUCCACAACUAUACAGGUAACUACACCUACAACAUUUUCACCAACCACAAUACUAACAGAUGUGACAACUACCAUUGAAUCCACAACACAGGCUACCACAACCACAGAACCAUCAACAUCAGCUCAAUCAACUGGAGUAACAACUACCUUCGCUCCAAGCACGACAAUUGAAUCAUCCACAUCUAUACAAACAACUUCAAUAACUACACCAACAACAUUUUCACCAACCACAUUUCUAACAGAGGUGACCACAACCACUGAAUCAACAACACAGGCUACAACAACCACAGAAACAUCAACAUCAGCUCAAUCAACUGAAGUAACAACUACCUUUACUCCAAGGACUACAACUGAAUUAUCCACAACCAUGCAAAAAACUUCAAUAACUACACCAACAUUUUCACCAAGCACAAUACUCACAGAUGUGACAACUACCACUGAAUCAACAACACAGGCUACAACAACCACAGAACCAUCAACAUCAGCUCAAUCAACUAGAGUAACAACUACCUUAUUUCCAAGCACAACAACUGAAUCAUCCACAACUAUACAGGUAACUACACCUACAACAUUUUCACCAACCACAAUACUAACAGAGGUGACCACUACCACUGAAUCAACAACACAGGCUACAGCAACCACAGAAACAUCAAGAUCAGCUCAAUCAACUGAAGCAAUAACUAUACCAACAACAUUUUCACAAACCACAUUACUGACAGAGGUGACCACUACCACUGAAUCCACAACACAGGCUACAACAACCACAGAAACAUCAACAUCAGCUCAAUCACCUGAAGUAACAACUAAGUUGUCCACAACUAUAGAGGCAACAUCAAUGACUACACCAACAACAUAUUCAACAACCGCAAUACUCACAGAUGUGACAACUACCACUGGCUCAACAACACAGGCUACAACAACCGCAGAACCAUCAACAGCUGGUACAGCUAUUGUUCAAACCAGGCUGAUAUUUAACUUUUCUACUCCGAUUCCAAGUGAGACUUUGGUCCUUAGUGCAAUCACAGCUCUUUUAACUUCUCGGCUCACACUUAUCAGUGAUUUAAUACAAGUCCUGAACUUCACCUAUGAAAACAUUUCAAACGGUUCCUAUGCCGUCAUCUUCACAUUCAGCCUUAGUAACAUCAGCAUCUCUGAGAAACCUGACCUUAGCAACAACACUGUCACCCAAGUCCAGAGUUCCAUUAAUAAUGCUCUUAACACACUCUUGAAUGAACCUGGACAAGACCAAUUUGAACCAAAGUCCUCCAUCUUCAUAUCUGGUUCAGCUGUGGUUCAGACCCGACUAGAAUUUAACUUAUUCAGUCCAGUUCCCAGUGAGAGUUUGGUCCUCAGUGCCAUUGCAUCUCUUCUCAGUUCUCGAUCCACCAACCUCAGUGAUUCAAUAAAUGUGGUAAACUUCACCUACGAGGAAAUUUCAAACUCCUCCUAUGCAGUCAUCUUUACAAUCAACAUCAGUAACAUUAGCAUUUCAGAGAACUCUGAACUGAGGAAUGACACCUACAUCCAAGUGGAGGACAUCAUCAACAAUGCUCUAAACACACUUUUCAAUGCACCUGGUGCAGAGCCAUUUGUACCCAAGUCUUCCAAUAUAAGUAGUUCAGGAAAACAGAUUGAAGGUGUCAUGGACUACAGCUUCCAAUAUGGAGAUACUAAUAUCCCAAUCAACUUUCUCACUGAGCUCCAAAAACUAUCUGGAUAUUAUACAUCAGUUUCCCCAUCUUUAACAACUACUCCAUUAACACUAUCAGGUUCAGCUGUGGUUCAGGCCCGGCUGGUAUUUGACUCGUUCAGCCCGAUUCCCAGUGGACGUUUGGUCCUCAGUGCCAUCGCAUCUCUGCUCAGUUCUCGAUCCACUAACCUCAGUGAUUCAAUAAAUGUGUUGAACUUCACAUUUGAGGAAAUUUCAAACUCCUCCUAUGUAGUCAUCUUCACAAUCAGCAUCAGUAACAUUAGCAUUCCAGAGAACCCUGAACUGAGGAAUGACACCUACAUCCAAGUGGAGGACAUCAUCAACAAUGCUCUAAACACACUUUUCAAUGCACCUGGUGCAGAGCCAUUUGUACCCAAGUCGUCCAAUAUAAGUAGUUCAGGAAAACAGAUUGAAGGUGUCAUGGACUACAGCUUUAAAUAUGGAGAUACUAAUAUCCCAAACACCUUUCUCACUGAGCUCCAGAAACUAUCUGGAAAUUAUACAUCAGUUCCCCCAUCUUUAACAACUACUCCAUUAACACUAUCUGGUUCAGCUGUGGUUCAGGCCCGGCUGGUAUUUGACUCAUUCAGCCCGAUUCCCAGUGGGAGUUUGGUCCUCAGUGCCAUCGCAUCUCUGCUCAGUUCUCGAUCCACUAACCUCAGUGAUUCAAUAAAUGUGUUGAACUUCACAUUUGAGGAAAUUUCAAACUCCUCCUAUGUAGUCAUCUUCACAAUCAGCAUCAGUAACAUUAGCAUUCCAGAGAACCCUGAACUGAGGAAUGACACCUACAUCCAAGUGGAGGACAUCAUCAACAAUGCUCUAAACACACUUUUCAAUGCACCUGGUGCAGAGCCAUUUGUACCCAAGUCUUCCAAUAUAAGUAGUUCAGGAAAACAGAUUGAAGGUGUCAUGGACUACAGCUUCCAAUAUGGAGAUACUGAUAUCCCAAACACCUUUCUCACUGAGCUCCAAAAACUAUCUGGAUAUUAUACAUCAGUUCCCCCAUCUUUAACAACUACUCCAUUAACACUAUCUGGUUCAGCUGUGGUUCAGGCCCGGCUGGUAUUUGACUCGUUCAGCCCGAUUCCCAGUGGGAGUUUGGUCCUCAGUGCCAUCGCAUCUCUGCUCAGUUCUCGAUCCACUAACCUCAGUGAUUCAAUAAAUGUGUUGAACUUCACAUUUGAGGAAAUGUCAAACUCCUCCUAUGUAGUCAUCUUCACAAUCAGCAUCAGUAACAUUAGCAUUCCAGAGAACCCUGAACUGAGGAAUGACACCUACAUCCAAGUGGAGGACAUCAUCAACAAUGCUCUAAACACACUUUUCAAUGCACCUGGUGCAGAGCCAUUUGUACCCAAGUCUUCCAAUAUAAGUAGUUCAGGAAAACAGAUUGAAGGUGUCAUGGACUACAGCUUCCAAUAUGGAGAUACUAAUAUCCCAAUCAAGUUUCUCACUGAGCUCCAAAAACUAUCUGGAUAUUAUACAUCAGUUUCCCCAUCUUUAACAACUACUCCAUUAACACUAUCUGGUUCAGCUGUGGUUCAGGCCCGGCUGGUAUUUGACUCGUUCAGCCCGAUUCCCAGUGGGAGUUUGGUCCUCAGUGCCAUCGCAUCUCUGCUCAGUUCUCGAUCCACUAACCUCAGUGAUUCAAUAAAUGUGUUGAACUUCACAUUUGAGGAAAUUUCAAACUCCUCCUAUGCAGUCAUCUUUACAAUCAGCAUCAGUAACAUUAGCAUUCCAGAGAACCCUGAACUGAAGAAUGACACCUACAUCCAAGUGGAGGACAUCAUCAACAAUGCUCUAAACACACUUUUCAAUGCACCUGGUGCAGAGCCAUUUGUACCCAAGUCGUCCAAUAUAAGUAGUUCAGGAAAACAGAUUGAAGGUGUCAUGGACUACAGCUUUAAAUAUGGAGAUACUGAUAUCCCAAACACCUUUCUCACUGAGCUCCAGAAACUAUCUGGAAAUUAUACAUCAGUUCCCCCAUCUUUAACAACUACUCCAUUAACACUAUCUGGUUCAGCUGUGGUUCAGGCCCGGCUGGUAUUUGACUCGUUCAGCCCGAUUCCCAGUGGGAGUUUGGUCCUCAGUGCCAUCGCAUCUCUGCUCAGUUCUCGAUCCACUAACCUCAGUGAUUCAAUAAAUGUGUUGAACUUCACAUUUGAGGAAAUGUCAAACUCCUCCUAUGCAGUCAUCUUCACAAUCAGCAUCAGUAACAUUAGCAUUCCAGAGAACCCUGAACUGAGGAAUGACACCUACAUCCAAGUGGAGGACAUCAUCAACAAUGCUCUAAACACACUUUUCAAUGCACCUGGUGCAGAGCCAUUUGUACCCAAGUCUUCCAAUAUAAGUAGUUCAGGAAAACAGAUUGAAGGUGUCAUGGACUACAGCUUCCAAUAUGGAGAUACUAAUAUCCCAAUCAACUUUCUCACUGAGCUCCAAAAACUAUCUGGAUAUUAUACAUCAGUUUCCCCAUCUUUAACAACUACUCCAUUAACACUAUCUGGUUCAGCUGUGGUUCAGGCCCGGCUGGUAUUUGACUCGUUCAGCCCGAUUCCCAGUGGGAGUUUGGUCCUCAGUGCCAUCGCAUCUCUGCUCAGUUCUCGAUCCACUAACCUCAGUGAUUCAAUAAAUGUGUUGAACUUCACAUUUGAGGAAAUAUCAAACUCCUCCUAUGCAGUCAUCUUUACAAUCAGCAUCAGUAACAUUAGCAUUCCAGAGAACCCUGAACUGAAGAAUGACACCUACAUCCAAGUGGAGGACAUCAUCAACAAUGCUCUAAACACACUUUUCAAUGCACCUGGUGCAGAGCCAUUUGUACCCAAGUCUUCCAAUAUAAGUAGUUCAGGAAAACAGAUUGAAGGUGUCAUGGACUACAGCUUCCAAUAUGGAGAUACUAAUAUCCCAAACAACUUUCUCACUGAGCUCCAAAAACUAUCUGUUCCCCAAUCUUCAUCAGUGACUCCAAUAAUAAUAUCUGGUUCAGCUGUGGUUCAGGCUCGGCUGGUAUUUGACUCAUUCAGUCCAGUUCCCAGUGAGAGUCUUGUCCUCAGUGCCAUCGCAUCUCUGCUCGGUUCUCGAUCCACCAACUUCAGUGAUUCAAUAAAUGUGUUGAACUUCACCUACAAGGAUAUUUCAAACUCCUCCUAUGCAGUCAUCAUCACAAUCAGCAUUAGUAACAUUAGCAUUCCAGAGAACCCUGAACUCAGGAAUGACACCUACAUCCAAGUGGAGGACAUCAUCAACAAUGCUCUAAACACACUUCUCAAUGCACCGGGAGGCGACACUUUUGCACCCAAAUCCUCCAAUAUCAGUAGUAGCUCAGGAAAACAGAUUGAAGGCGUCAUGGACUACAGCUUUAAAUAUGGGGAUACUAAUAUCCCAAUCAGCUUUCUCACUGAGAUCCUGAAACAAUCUGGUUAUUAUACAUCAAUUCCCCAGGACUUAAAAGCCACUCCAAUAAUAAGAUCUGGUUCAGCUGUGGUUCAGACCCGACUGGCAUUCAAUUUAUACAGUCCCGUUUCCAAUGAGAGUUUGGUCCUCAGUGCUAUUAAAUCUCUGCUCAGUUCUCGAUCCACUAACCUCAGUGAUUCACUAAAUGUGCUGAACUUCACCUACCAGGGUAUUUCAAACAACUCCUAUGCAGUCAUCUUCACAAUAAGGAUCAGUAAUAUUACCAUUCCAGAGAACCCUGAACUCAGAAAUGACACAUACAUCCAAAUUGAGGACAUGAUCAACAAUGCUUUAAAUACACUUCUUAAUGCACCUGGUGCAGAGCCAUUUGUACCCGAGUCCUCCAACUUCACCACCUCAGAAAAACAGAUUGAAGGGAACAUUGAGUAUCGCUUCCAGAAUGGAGAUACUAAUACACCAAUCACCUUUCUCAGUCAACUGAACAUGAUAUAUGGAUCAGCUUUGGUUCAGGCAAGCCUUUUGUUUAACACCUCAUCUGUUGCUCCCAGUGAGAAUUUGGUUAAUGCUAUCGCCUAUCUGCUGAGCUCCCGAAUCAACAAACUCAGCGAUUCAGUAAAUGUGCUGAACUUCACUGUUGAGAAUAUUUCAAAUACAUCCUUUGCAGUCAACUUCACAAUUAACAUCAAUAACAUCGAUAUGCCAGAGAAUCCUGAUUUCAGGAACAACACUUACUACCAAGUGGAAAGAAUCAUCAGUAAUGUUAUUUCUAAAGUCCUGGGUGAUGCAGUUAAUUCUACUUUGUGGCCUCAGAAAACCGACUUCAUGAGCAUAUCUAAUCAGAUUGUCGGGGAAAUACUGUACAAUAUCCAAGGGGAAAACAUUACAAAACUAAUCAACUUGCUCAACCAUUCCUAUGCAAAUGAUGUGACACAAACCACCCCUGUGCAGGUUACUUCACCUCCAGCUUUAUCUGGUUCAGCUGUGGUUCAGACCCGACUAGCAUUCAACUCAUUCAGUCCUGUUCCCAGUGAGAGUUUGGUCCUUAGUGCCAUCAAAUCUCUCCUCAGUUCUCGAUCCACCAACCUCAGUGAUUUAUUAAAUGUGUUGAACUUUACCUACCAGGGUAUUUCAAACUCCUCCUAUGCAGUCAUCUUCACAAUAAGCAUCAAUAACAUUAGUAUACCAGAGACCCCUGAACUCAGCGAUGACACCUACAUCCAAGUUGAGACAUUUAUCAACAAUGCUAUAAACACACUUCUCAAUGCACCUGGUGCAGAGCCAUUUGUACCCGAUUCCUCCAAUUUCACCACCUCAGAAAAACUGAUUAAAGGCAACAUUGAGUACAGCUUCCAAAAUGGAGAUGCUAGAACACCAAUCAGCUUUCUCAGUCAACUGAAUAUGAUAUAUGGAUCAGCCUUGGUUCAGGCAAGACUUGUGUUUAACACCUCAUCUGUUGCUCCCAGUGACACUUUGGUCAUCAAUGCUAUCACCAAUCUGCUGAACUCUAGAAUAAAAAAACUCAGAGAGUCAAUAAAUGUGCUGAACUUCACUUUUGAGAAUACUUCAGAUACGUCCUUUGCAGUCAUCUUCCUAAUCAACAUCAGUGACAUCAGUAUGCCAGGGAAUCCUGAAUUCUCAAACAACACUUACUACCAAGUGGAAAGCAUCAUCAGUAAUGCUCUUUCCAUAAUCCUGGGUGAUGCAGUGAAUUCCACUUUGAGGCCUCAGGAAACCAACUUUAUGAGCAUAGCCAAUCUGAUUGUUGGGGAAAUCCUGUACAAUAUCCAAGGGGAAAACUUUCAGUUAUAUGCAAAUGGUUUGACACCAUCCACCACUGGGCAGUUCACUCCAUUACCACCUCCAGUGGGGACUGUGCUGAUUUAUAUCCAUCUAUUGUUUAAGAACUUGACCAAUGUACCAAGCGAAGCUGAUGUUACCAAAGCUGCCAAUGCUCUCCUGGACUCUAGUAUUAGAUUAGCCAGAGAUAUUGAAACAGUAAAAGUGUAUAAUCCAAUCAGCAUACAGAAUGUAACCUAUCAAAAACUUGCCAACAACUCUUACAAUAUUGGCUUUGGAUUUAAAAUUAGCAAUGUGAGCAUUUCUUCGAACACUGAUCAACUGAACGAAACAUAUAAUACAAUCCAAAACACAAUAAAUGGCUUGCUUAACAGAAUUCUCAAUUCCCCAAACUCUAAACAAUUUAUCUUCCCAAGAGCAAGCUAUAUGAGUAACUCGACCACAAUUGUGGCUGACUCAGAGUAUGUUUUUUCGGAAGGUGAUCUUAGUUUUGUACCAAGUGGUUUUCUUGCUCAGAUACUCAUGGUUAGUGGUCUGAGUAGCCCACCCUCUCCCACAGAAGCAACCAUUGCUUUUAACUAUGAAUUAUUGCAAACCACUCCUCACAGCGGAUUUCCAGAAUGGGCAUUAGCCAUAAUUAUCCCCUGCAUUAUUGCCAUUCUUCUCAUACCUUGCUGGAUUAUACUUUGUUGUCUGUUAUGUGGCUGCUGUGCUGCCGUAAGGCGACGCUACAGCAGAAGACGGUCCUACAAUGUCCAAUACACAACACGGAAUGGUAUCUUUUGAGAUACAGACUGAAACCAAACAUAGACCAAAAAAAUACUGAAAAAAAGUUUUAAAAAUCUAAUUGAAUGCUCAAAAUAGAAUAGCAAGAAUAUAAUUUAUAUGUUUAAC